GGCGACGGUGGAAUUCUGCAGUGGCCAAAUGUUUGUUGAGCAAAGGGCAGAUAUACUUCGGCAUCUAUCCGUCGGAGCCACACAAGUGAGUGAAAUUAACCUGAGAACAACCUUCAAAAAGAACACCGUCAACAGGCUCAAUGAUUCUUAUUCUUCAGUGUGCCUUUUCAGGACCUAGCAUGGGCAGACCGAGAUGUUAGCAUGGGGGCUCCAUCCAUCUUGGAAUCUCCGUCACAGCUUGGUGCAGACAAGCCGAAAGGUUGAGUCACCAAGCGUUUUCCGGAGAAUGUCCUUCCCAUCGUUGAUUCUCGCCUUGAGUCGCUUGAGCCCAAAACCCCAAGCUGCUCUUCCCAGCUGCAAGGUGCGCAGGCGAGCCACGCGUGUCGACCAGUGUCGCUUGUGGGAAGCUUUGUCACCAUCAAAGGCAGGUCCUCUCAAAAUCACCUCCCAGCUGUUGGAUCGUGCCUGGAAGAUGUCUGGCUUCAGAGACCCUGAUGCCAUACACGGCCAAAGAAGUUUGCCGCUCUACCGUGUGGUCCACGCAGCCUUCCCAGAGCUCUUUCCGAGUGCCAGUGCCGCCAAAAAGGCCCUGAAGAGAGGCUAUGUCUUGGUGGAUGGAGAAGCCAUGCCCAGCUCAAGCCUGUCGCCUCCGCUCGGAUCAGUUCUGACAGCGUUUGUAUCUCGAAGCUUGGAAAGCCCAAAGAAUGACAGGCUGAAAAGCAUCGACCAACGAUUAGAGAUGUGGAAUUCAGGCAGGCCCAAAUCCUCGAAGAUUUACGUACUGCACAAUGAUGAGAAUGCUGCAUGGGCCGUGGUGAAUAAGCCAUCAGGCCUGCACACCUCACCUGUUGGACUCAAUGCUUGGAAAAGCCUCACGCUGCAGUCCUACUUGCCUGCAUUGAUUGCUCCCCCGACUGGAGCGGGAACCCCAUGCCGCAAUGGGCCGAGACCAUGCCACCGACUGGAUUUUUUGGUGGCAGGUCCUGUAGCGGUGGCCGCUUCGGAAGAGGCCAUGCGGUCCUUGAACCGUUCCUUCAAGAGCCGCAAGGUGCACAAGGAGUACCGGGCCAUUCUUUGCGGAUCUUGUGGAGGUCCAGGAGAAUCCUUUUCCAUCCACCUGCCGGUUGAGGGGAAGUCCUCACACACAGAUGUAGACAUACUGCAAGUUGUCCCCCAUGAAUACUAUGGUUCAUUGACCGAGGUCUCGCUGAAGCCUCGUGAAGGACGUCGUCAUCAGCUUCGCAUCCAUUGCGCAGCCAUUGGGAUGCCGAUUGUGAAUGAUGUGGCCCCAAUCUAUGCUUUGGCGCAAGCAGUGAAGCUUGCGGUUCCCCAUCCAUUUGACUCCAUAGAAGUGUCGGUGGAAGUGGAGAUUGCUGAGAAGUUCCGCAAAGUGCUGCACUCGGAAAACGUGAAGGUGCGACAAAUGCAUCUCAUAUGAUUCUGACAGGCUUGUUUUGCCGCACUCGUAGCUGUCUCCCAAAGCAUUCAAGAAGUUGCCCCGCAAGUUCCGUCGGUCAAGU